AUGUCAAGCAACACCUCUCAAUGCCAUGGCAGCACGGAAAUGGAACCUUUCACCUAUUUUUACUACUUGAUUUUCCUCAUGGGGUUCAUUGGAAGUUGUUUCGCGCUGUGGGCGUUCACACAAAAAGACCAGAAGCACAAGUGUAUGAGCAUCUACCUAAUUAACCUCUUAACGGCCGAUUUUCUGUUGACUUUGGUGUUGCCAGUAAAGAUUAUUGUCGACCUGGGAGUUGCGUCCUGGAAACUGCGAAUAUUCCACUGUCAAGUCACAGCCUGUUUCAUCUACCUGAACAUGUAUUUAUCCAUUAUAUUCCUGGGCUUUGUCAGCAUGGACCGCUGCCUGCAGCUAAUCCACAGCUCCAAGAUCUACCGCAUCCAGGAGCCUGGCUUCGCCAAGAUGCUGUCUGCGGUCGUGUGGACCAUGGUUCUCCUGAUCACGGUGCCUAACAUGGCCAUUCCAAUAAAAACCAUUGAGGAAAGACCUGGGGCAAGAUGCAUCGAUUUCAAAACAAAAUUUGGAAGAGACUGGCACGUGUUUACUAAUUUCAUAUGCACGGCAAUAUUCCUCAAUUUCUCAGCGGUGAUCCUCAUUUCCAAUUUCCUUGUUGUCAGGCAACUCUACCGAAACAAGUACAGCGAGAGCUACGUGAACGCGAAGAAAGCCCUCAUCAACAUCCUGCUGGUGACGGCGGGCUACCUGCUGUGCUUUGUCCCGUACCACGUCGUCCGCAUCCCCUACACCCUGAGCCAGAGCGACGUCAUCACCAGCUGCUCUCUGAAGCAAGCUCUCUUCAAAGCGAAGGAAUCCACCCUGCUCUUCGCAGUGUCAAACCUCUGCUUCGACCCUCUUCUGUACUACCACCUUUCCAAAGCAUUCAGGCUGAAAUUCACCAAGGCUUUUGCAGCGCCCAAAGAGGCCGAGGGUUUCACGGGAGAGGAGGUUCACCGCCGUGGUGAACAGCAGAUGCAAAAGCACUGA